UUUUUCCCCCCCGGUGACAUAACCCAUCCACCAUGGAUCUGCUGGAGUGUCCGCUCUGUCUCUUCCUAAUGGUCGAGCCGGUGAGCAUGUCGUGCGGCCACACGUUCUGCCGGAGAUGCGUGGGGGGCUACCUCCCGUCCAAAUGCCCGUCGUGCAAAGAGAAGUUAAGACAAAGAGAGGUGAAGAGCAUGAAGAACAACGUCCUGCUCAUCAGCGUCGUGGAGAAGUGCUGCCCCGACGCCGCAAAGACGAAGUGCCAUCUGCAGGAGAAGCUCAAAGCCAACGAGUUCACGGAAGCUUUACGCAUCGCGAACGAGGGGCUACACUUAGCCCCAGAUGAUCAGAGUUUGAAGCUGUACAGAGCCGAAGCUAACUGGGGCCUGACGCGUUUCUCUGACACUCUGACAGACAUCGACUACCUCUGCUGCCUUCGUCCUAACUGGACUGAGGGCUUCUUUCGUAAAGGGAGUGUACUGCUGGAAAUGGGUCAGCAGACUGACGCCCUCAUCCAGUUCCACCAUUGCCUAAAACUUCAAGCUGACUUUGUCCCUGCAAAGAGCCAGAUCAAGAAGAUUCUGGAGGCGGAGGGCAUGGCAGUGCCGGACGAGGUGCCCUGCAUCCUGCAAGUGGUGUCAGAGUAUUUGAAAGGGCCCUGCCCCAUUACCAGCCUCAGUGGCUCUCAGGGGCCAACUCACGCCGAGGGCCUCAAACAUCCACGUGGGGAUGACGGAGAGGGCAAAGGGAGGAGAGAGGGACACCAGGUAAAGCACGACACUGGUACUGAGUGCUGCCUCAGCCUCUGCCAAGCUGUUUCCUUCCUCCCUGCUGCUGAAGAGGACGAGGAGAUGAUGAUGAGGAGGGACGAUAGGCAUGGCAGGGGUGAAAGCGCUCACAGCAGAGAGAAAACUCUGGGAGUUCUCACCGUGUCAGACUUUGAGUGCCCUCUCUGCAUUAGGUUGUUUUUCGAGCCAGUCACUACUCCCUGUGGUCACACCUUCUGUAAAAACUGCAUAGAGAGAAGUCUGGACCACAACCUACGCUGUCCACUGUGCAAACAGCCACUACAAGAGUACUUUAAAAACAGGAAGUACAACCCCACAGUUCUGCUUCAGGACAUCAUGACCCACCUUUUCCCCUCCCCCCUGGCUGAGAGGAAACAGGUCCACGAUGCUGAGAUGGCUGAACUGUCCAAUCUAACUAAGGACAUCCCUAUAUUUGUUUGCACGGUGGCCUACCCUGGAGUACCGUGCCCCCUGCACAUCUUUGAGCCUCGAUAUCGGCUGAUGAUGCGCCGCUGCAUGGAGACUGGCACCAAAAAGUUUGGCAUGUGCUGCUAUGAGCAUGGCAAGGGGUUUGCAGACUAUGGGUGCAUGUUGGAAAUCCACAGUCUGGAGCUGCUGCCUGAUGGCCGGUCCUUUGUGGACGCAGUGGGUGGCAACAGAUUUAAAGUGCUCAAGAGAGGUCAGCGAGAUGGCUACCACACCGCUGAUAUAGAGUACCUGGAGGACCUCAAGGUUGAUGGUGGUGAGUUGGAGCUUUUGGAGCAUCUCCAUGACAGCGUGUACCAGCAGGCUCAGGACUGGUACCAGCGCCUAGGCAGCCGCAUUCGGGAGCAGAUCAACAGACAGUAUGGCACCAUGCCAGAGAAGGAGGAAAAUAUUCAGGCCUCGUCCAACGGUCCAGCCUGGUGCUGGUGGCUGCUGUCUGUCCUACAGCUGGACCCUGCCUAUCAAACCACUGUCCUGUCCCUGACCUUGCUCAAAGACCGCUUGGGACACCUCCGCCUCGUCCUGGAGUACUUCUCCCAGAGCUAGACCCAACAGCUCAGUGGUAUUGUGAUAACAUCUAGCUGAGAGUCAAUGGAAACCAAUGACUGCAUCCACACCACAGAGUUUGGGGUUGGGUCUACUCUGCAUCUUAAAGUCACAGCCCAAGGCCAAAUCCUCUGGUCAAUACACCCUUUUACAGUUUGUACACAAUGAUGACGUAUGUAAGCGUGCACACUCAGUUUGGCAACGAAGGUGCGGCGGGGUGCAAUAGCUUGUCAAGCAAUUCAAGGGCAUUAACCACCAAAGAUUGUGGAUGAAACCUAAACCUAAACAUGGUCAUUUUUUGAUCAGUCCAGUGGUAGACAACCUGUUAAAUAGCUUGCGGCCAUAGACGUGUUACGGUUUAACAAGUGACCGUGUUAUCUGGUGACUCUCGAAUGCGUCUGUGGUUCCUCGUAGUGACAUCAGCUGUUGAAAACACAAACGGAACAUGAUGGUGUCCUAGUACAAGCCUUCAAUAACAUUUUAUAAAUGUUAAAUAUCUAUGCCAACCAUUAAUUAAAGUUACUUUGAGCAACUACAGACGCAAUUGGCUGAAAGUCACCAGUGAACAUGGUCACUUGUUAAACUGAAACACCUGAGUCUGCAGUUGGAUUAUCGAUUCUGUACCCCCAAACAUGCAACAACCGGACGUUUGGAUGCUGGUAACAGUGUUAAGUCAAUGUUUAAAGCUUACCAACUCAUCUCAAUGGCUAGGCAAAAUGCCAUUUCUGUUCUGCCAAAAUUGACACGCAUACUUUUGAUGACGUCUGCUGUAAAAGGGUCUAUAGCGGAAAGACAGUGAUUUCAUUACAACACACGGUGCAGCUGUACAGAGUUGGGUUUUUGCCGAUUGCAUGUGUUAUCUUUCUUACAAAGUUUUAUCUCAAGAAAUUCAAGGGUGAGAGGUCGUUCUUAAUAGGUGUUGUGCUUGCUGCGACAGUAAGAACUACUGGGUUGACCAAAGAUGCUCAUUAUUUAGGUCACAAGUGGUAAAUUAUUGUUAUCAAUUAUUAUUAUCAACUAAGCUCAAAUAUUACUCCUGAAAAUAGGCACUAGGUGUCACUGUUGUUUCUCCAAUUAUUCUAAACAUGAAGAACAUGCAGCAUCAGCCAAGCUAGUAAAGUGUACAGCACUGUCAUGUGUUGCCUCGUAACGUCAGACUCCUUGCAUUAACACUUAGCUUAGUUUGGAGUGAGAAUAAACUAAAGCACACACAAUUUGUAGAGGUUUUUCAGGACUAUGCACAUCACACGAUUAAAGAUAUUUGGAGAUUGCUGAAGGGCACUACUUUUAAUAUAUUUGAUCCUCUAUCAUCUAUUGGCUUUGGCAGUCUUUCACUAUGGUGUAUUUUAUACUAUUGAAUAAACGUAAAUGAUCCUUAUUUAGUAUUAAUUUAUCACAUGGAAUGGCAGCAACUGGAGUGGACUUUUUUUUAACUUUUAUUUUAAUGAAUGCUGCUGCUGUGACUGCUAGAAGUCUCCCUGGAUGCCGUUUGUCAUAGUCUGGUGGGAAAAGUGUAAAUUAUGACAAUGAGGAGACGCAGUCAGCUUUGUUUAAUAAAUAUGAACCUUUGUGAUUACGUAUGGUGAUGGACACAGCACUGUAUGUAUGUGUGUCGGCUGUAAAUAAUGAGUAAUAUUUUCUCUGUUGCCAUCUACAUUGGCGUAUUAUUAUGUUUUUAAAUUUCACAUGGGGUGGUGUCAGCACUGAUAACGGCUACCGUCGUGACCGCUCCCUCAAGGGUCAGUGGUUGCAAAUGAAGCAUCAGUCCAAGACACAGUAUUUUUAACAUCUCUUGUGCAGAUACAGCUGCUUAAUAAUUUAGCUAGGGUCACACUGCGGUGCCUCUGUGUUGGCCCCUGCUGCGUCUCCCCGUCUGUCUGGCCCCUCUAACACCAGUCAUAAUGCCUUUGAGUGCCUGGGCCAGCUCACCAGGACACUUCCAAGUCUUAGAGUUUCUACACAACAAAUGUGAUGGAAUUCUUUUUUUGACAUUGAUUUUUUUGUUGACAUAGUGCUACAUUCCAUGGAAUGUUGAAGCUGCAAUGUUACGUGUAGUUAAUUAACUAACAAAGCUUAACUGGGUGAAGCGUAAAAGCUUUUUUUUUUUUUUACUUUAAUAAAUGUGCCAUAGAUAUUUCCAUGUUUUCAAGGAAUAGUAGGCUAAAUAGUCACUGUGUUUAUGUUUGUCUACAUCCUGGACUCUGACGUUGGUCUUCGAACCCUUAUGCCUUCUGUAUGGUGGACAUGGAACUACCAUCUUUUCACGGCCAACAUAUCACUUGAAACAGUCAGAAUUAGUCCAGCAAACACAUUCAUAGAUGCAGUUUGUGUGACGCAGAAUUGCAGCCCUGCUAGUGUGAUAUUGUAGAUAUUGUUUAGAAUAAAAGGGGUAGUCUUGAGACUUGAUAUGCACAAAAAUGUCCCACUAAAGGGCGAACCAAUGGAUGGACUGAUGGAUACUGGUGCAGCAUUGGUUGCGUAGUAGACGGCCAAACCACUUAACUCUGACCUGGGAACUUAUACUCUACUGGAGGGCAAAUAACCCAUCUUUUUACCAUCUUCAUAUGCCGAUGUUUUGGAAGCCAUCCGUAAUUAAAAUUGGCGUCAAAGACUUUAAUGUGCCAGUUGUCACAAGAUGUCUCCACAGCUAGUAUUUUUGAUUUUACUGACAAAAUAACUGCAACAAUAAAAAGGACAGUUUCUUGCUGCUACCAGAAAUGAUUAAAGCUCGCUCACAAAUAAAAAGGGAUUGAGAUUCUGACAGAGUUUUUCCUGAAUGACUAGCCUCAUGAAUGCAUGUGUACAAGCCCACAGCCAUUGGGGUGAAUACCACUCCCCUGUUGGACAUCUUAUCAGAAGAGACAAUAUUUUUGCACCGUGAAAUCAUGUUGUGUGUUUUUUGUUUUUCUCUCUUUAUCAAAUCACGCAUAUUUGUGUGCGUCUCUUUAAGUACUUGUAGAUGCUGCUUUCAUUGAAUAAAAUGGUACAGUAUGUGGGUC